GAAGAUAAAGGAAAGAUGAGCUACUUCAACUAUUACUUUUAUAUAGCAAUAGUUUCUUGAUAUACCCUUUUAUCAAGAAAUAAAGAAAAGGGGGUUAUACAAUUACAGUAGUAUAAAAAUAGAAAAAGGAAAAAAGAGGUGGGUUUUAUGAGCUAAUGCUGAAAUUGGGUUCCUCCAAUAGCAUGGAUCUUGGGAAAUCUUGGAAUAGUAGUAGUUGUGUCAGCACCCAUAGUUUUUUAUGUGUUAAUUUGAGUUACUUCCAUUCAUCAUCAUCAGCUAUCUUGUCUUUUGGGAGUUCAGUUUCAGUCCCCAAAAUGGCCUUGUUUAAUUUUUCAACUGUUACACCUUCUUUUGAUGAUGAUUUAAUUCUAAAGUUCUCUUCUUUUUCAUUUUCUUGAAGAAGAAGACUUCAAUUUAAACAUCACUACUCUUUCCCUCAGCUGUUUCUUUUGUUUGUUUUCUUGAGGUUUCUUGAUUGUUGAGUCAGCCUUUUUUGUCUCUUUUUAUAAAUCCUAGAGAAUGCUGUUGUGUGCAUCAUUGCCAGGGCUGUGUCAUCAGAACAUGUUGGUAGGUGGUGCGAUGAAGGAACUUUCAGCAGCUAUGGCUUCUUUGAAUGUUUACAGCAGGUGUGAUUUUGAUGGUCGUGUUGGAUGUUGGAUUGGGAAUGAGAAAGGAAGAUGGAACAAAUUGGCUGCUGCAAGUACAAUGUCACCAAAGAAGAGGAGGUUGAGCAUUUCUCCUCUGGCUUCCUCUGCUCUAGCAGAAACCCGAUAUACAUCUAGAGCCGAAUUCUAUCAGGAGGUUCUUAAUGACGCCAGGAAAAAAUUUACCCAGGAGAUAUCUUUCCAAGCCAAGGACAAAGAUAUUUCGUUGGCGAAGGCUUUGCUUUUCGUGGCCUCUGAAGACGAGGCAUUUAUGGCUUUCAACCGUGAGAUGGAUGCUCAGUCACUCCAAAAUGAGAGGAGAUCUGCUUCAUUGCCUUCUCAGACCACAGAAUGGACAUCCGUGGAGGACAUGCCUCUUGCUGGAAAAAAAUUGAAUGAGUGGAUGGUUGAGUUGGAUGUCAUUGCGAGAGAAGUGGAGGCCGAGCUAGUUUCAAGGGAAAUAGGAUGCGAUUUAGUUGAAGUUUUAGAUGCAGUGAACAUGGUUCUUUUCAAUUCAAGGGGUUUCAAAAGGUCAUCUGUACUUGUGGAUUCGAAGUGUGCAUACAUGCAUUCAGUAUUAAGAUCUGGACAUUGUAGUGCAAUUUUGCUCAGCGUCAUCUAUAUUGAAGUCUGUCGAAGACUUAAUCUGACAAUUGUGGGAUCCCCAGUUGGGGAAGAUUUUUUGAUAUGGCCCCAAACUGGAAACCCUGAGGAGCUAUUCAAGGUUAUCUCUGGUCAUAGCUUGUUUGGUAUUGUUAAUGGGAAGUGUGUCGAUGACCCUAGAGCAAAGGCGUCUGAUAUCAAUAGCAAUUCGUUGCCGGGGCUUGAGUUAGCAACAAACCGAGAUAUUAUUGGAAUUGCUUUGGCUAAUUUGGUGAGGCUUCACUGGAAACGUGCUUCAAGAGCAAAUCAUGGUUUGAUGCUGACUUCUCCGCUGAGAUCUGUUGAUCAUGCAGAUGAUAAGUCUAACAAGACUAAUUGUCUGAAUGUCCCAUUGUUGCGGCCUCAAGAUUUGAGGUUCAAGAUGCUAAAUUGCAACCUUUGGCAUGAGAAAAGGAGAAUUGAGAAUUUUGGACGCAUAUUGAUAUUCUUAUUGAUUCUAACAUACUACCAAAAUUCUAACAUUCCAUUUAAAUAACCAUUUAAUGAAUCUUGCUCUGAUAAUAUAAUAAAUGCUUAUUCCUCCAUUUAAGUUUAUAACGAAACGAUCUAGGUUAAAAGAUUCCUCACUGAUCUAGCUUCAUAUUGGUAUUAAAAGUCCUUUCUAUUUCUAUACACUGAUCAAAUUGAAAAUGACUAGAUACUGCAUUAUGCAGAUUGACUUUCCUUCUAACAUAUUUUUAUAGCCUCGUCGCCCUUUUACUCCCUUACUGUUAUUUCUCUCCAUCUCUCCGACAUUCCUUUUAGAAAUCCAAGAAAGCUAACCUUAUCUUUCUCCCUUUCUGAUCUAUAUAGGAUUUGAUGCUUUUUUUUCCAAAGAUGCUAUCGAUACAAUAUACCAUGUUUGGAUGUAGUUAUUAUAUUUGAUAGUUGAGACCACUAAAUCUAUUGGUUCUUACAAAAUCUAGUCGAUUUGUCUAACCAAAUGUUGUUAAACAGGCAUGUAUGCUUGACCAGUGAUCAAAUGUUAAUUACUGGAGAAGGAAGUGGUGAGGGUGGGGGUUGUACACUGAAGUAACUAUGAUUAAGAGAUCACUUGUUUGAUACUGUGUUGCAUGUGUCCAGCAGCAUUUCUUCUAGUCUAUUACAUUAUAAUUUAUAUCAUCCCCUUCCACUAGAAAUGCAUGACGAUCUUUUUGCAUCUACCUUUCCUUUGACGGUUUCCCAUCUGUUUCUCUUUAGAGAUAUCCAUUCUGAACUUAUUCCUGUUUUUUUUCUUCUGUUGUGCAUUCUGUUAAGGUUGUAAUAACUGGUACCUGUUAUUUCUUUGUUGUAUAUCAAGUAACAACAGUGUAGGAAUUGAGUCAUUUGCCAAAUUGCAAACAGAGCCAACACAAUACUUGGCAUUUGAUGAUUAUCUCUUGAGCAUUAAGUUUUGUCUAACGUGCAGAACAAUGCUAGCCCCAAGUAAGGAUGGAUCAUUUUCCGUCUUAAUAUUCUUGGUGGCAUAAAAACAAAAAGAGCCAAGAUUUGUGUAUUCUUUUCUUAAAUAAGUGCAGGUGUUGUUCUCAAGUUAAGGUUUUCCCAGUUAUCACACACAAUGUCUGACCUUUUGCAUUAGGGCAUUAACUUGUGUGUAAUAUCUGUUCACUUAUAAUGACAUACUUUCUAGGCUGGCCAUUAUGGCUUCCGAAAGAUUGCUCAUUCUGCAGCCUCACAAUUGGGCUCUGAGGAGAGACCAUGGAAUGAUGUUGUACUAUAGUAGG